AACUGACAUGCGAUGACGUAGAAGAGGCUGGGAACCAAUCAGAACGCAGCGUCUCAGCGAUUUUUUGUAUUGGUUGAUAACUUUCUCUUUUAACGCCCAUAUAUACUGCCAAAAGUUUUGGGACACCCCUCCAAUUCACUGAUUUCAGGUGUUGUUUUUCAGGGUUUGGGCUCGGCCCCUUAGUUCCAGUGAAAGGAGCUCUUAAUGCUUCAGCUUCAUACCAAGAUAUUUUUUGGACAAUUUCAUGCUCCCAACUUUGAGGGAACAGUUUGGGGAUGACCCCUUCCUGUUCCAACAUGACUGCACACCAGUGCACAAAGCAAGGUCCAUAAUAAAGACAUAGAUGAGCGAGUUCGGUGUGGACUGGACCUGCACACCUGAACACCUUUUGGAUGAAUUCGAGCGGAGACUGCGAGCCAGGCCAAAACUGGGACGUCUGCCUUUACAUGCACAGGAAUUUAUUAUGGAGUUGUCCCACCGUUUGCAGCUAUAACAGCUUCACCUCUUCUGGGAAGGCUUUCCACAAGGUUUAGGAGUGUGUUUAUGGGAAUUUUUUUGACCAUUCCUCUGGAAGUGCAUUUGUGAGGUCAGGCACUGAUGAUGGACGAAAAGGCCUGGCUCGCAGUCUCUCAUCUAUUUCAUCCCAAAGAUGUUCUAUCAGAUUGAGGUCAGGACUCUGUGCAGGCCACACCAAACUCGCUCAAGAGUUUCUUUCAUUGGAACAAAGAGGGCCAAGCCCAACCCCUGAAAAACAACACUUGAAUUCAAUGAUUUGGAGGCGUGUCCCAAAACAUUAGGCAAUAUUGUGUAGAUAAAAAAUAUAGAUUGCUGAUAUACACACUUUCUGGCCUCCUGACCCAAACUACUGGAAGCAUACAAAUGUACAAAAUUACAGUCUUUGUAUGCUGUAGCUUUUCCUUCAUUGGAGCUAAGAGGUCCAAACGUUGGUCCAGCAUCAAAAUAAAAAAAGCUACAUGUUUUUGGUUUUAGAUUUGAUUUGAGCGGAAGAACUGUACAGACCCCUGACCUCUGAAUCUUUAGGAUGAACUGCAGCACUGACUGAACCCAUACUGCAGUGCCUAACCUCAAUAAUGUGGAUGAAUGACCACAAUCCACUAAGCCAUCCUCCAAAAUCUAGUAAAAAGCCUUCACAGAACAGUGGAGCUUAUUAUAACAGCAAAAGAAGAAUAGAUCUGGAUUGGGAUAUUCAAAAACCAUAUAUGGGCGUGACUUUAAGUGUACCUAAAAUUUGUGUUUGUAAAUGUUUUCCAAAGUGUAUAAUUAUUUUAUUUUUAUAUAAAAUAGGAAGAAACGGUUGAAAAAAAAUAAAAUAAAAUAAAAAUAAGGCUUACUUUCAUAAUUGAAUAACCUGAGACCGAUUGCCGUAAGCAACGCCCCCUCCCCGCGCCCCAGCCAAUCCCAUUCCACCUUUAUAUGGCAUUCUAAUUAAUAUUCAUUAUUCGUUAUUAAUAUUCAUGAACUGGGUGUGUUCUAGGGAAUGCGGUUGUGGCUAUAGGUGGCGGAAACGCGCUGCCAACAAAUCCGUUGCUAAACGACAGGAGGUAAACAUUCAGGGUCGAAUAUAAUUAUAAAAUUCAGCCUUAUCCACUUCUACACGCUUGCAAUGAAUGUUUUUGAAAGGACAACGAGCGCCUGGAGACGCAGGGACACUUUCCCUAAUAUUAGAGCGGCUGGGAAAGUUCUACCACCAGGAGACAGGGCACAGGCAUGUCUGCAGGAAAUAUUCCCAAAGCCUGGGACGUCCCAAGUGGUCAAGAAGUUUCUUAAAAGUACACAUCCAGAGCCAGGACAAAUCCGUGUGUUCUUCGGGAAAGCAAACGACCCUGAUAUCUCCAGCAGUCUGGUGCAUGGGAUAAGCACACGGUCGUCUAUCGAUGCGGGACCUUUGAUAAACCCACCACCUAAAACCUGCUACCAAGAGAGGCUGCGAGAGCUUCAGGAGGCCAUUUACAGCAGCAGACAGAAAGCUCCAUUUGGACGGUCCAGUGUUACGGUCCCCAGGCUUCCAGAUGGUCUUGAUCCUGAAAAAACAACUUUUGGUGUUAAAUUACUUUAUUCUUAUAAUGCUGGAGAGAUCAUCAAUCCACCAAAAACACCACAGCAGGUAGAACAAGAAGCGCAGGAUGGACACGAGCAAUACAUCCGCUCACACAGCUCCUACUUUGUUGGUGAGCGUCUGAACAGGAAGUAUGACUUGAGGAGCUACAGGAAGGACAGCAGGUUCGGUGUGGUCACUCCGCAUCACAAUGAUGGACGCAACACGAGAAAGUCUCUUCAAUGGCUCUGUGAUGCACAAACGAACCACAGCGCAAAAUUUGUCUCGAAGCGAUGCGACGACUUCAGAGAGAGGACGCAGUCUCAGAUCGGCAAAGUCCGUGACCCGAUCGCAGACACCUUGGCGGUUCCGGCUGAUCACACUUUCGGAGCGCUGCUGCCUCCGGACCACUUCGGUGCAGCAGACGUCCUGUAUGCCACGCCCCCUUCAGAGCACAGGAAAGGACAGGACAGACGUGACACGCUGGUCAGCGCCGUACGCCAGCACCUGAAGAAGGCCAACUUUCACAACUUCACCUCUUUGCUGCAAGCAUUCAGACACUACGAUAAGAAAGGCCAAGGAAAUAUCGAUAAGGAGGACCUGAGGGACGUGUGCCGCGAGUUUAACCUGGACCUCAGCGCUGAUAUCCUGGAUGAACUUAUGGAGUACUGCGACGUUGAUAAAGACGGGCUAAUUAACUUCCUGGAAUUUGCAAAUUUCCUUAAUUGGAAGGACAAAAUGCCGAUCAGUCAAGCGGAGCAAAGGAUUUUGACAGGAGAGCAGAAAUCCAGCACUAGAGCCAAGGUUCAGGAAGCUGAAGCAGAAAAACAGGCCGGGACUGAAAUCCUGGCUAAGUGUGAAGACCUGGAACCUGUGAAGUUGGGGAGCUUUCUGAAGACCCCCAAAACACUGUGCAGAACUGGAGCAGAGCCAGAGCGCUUCAUCACCUCAUCCUCUGUCAUUUGCACCAUUGCGGGUGACCAGGCUGCUGACGAUAAACGGGCAUACGGCAUUCCAUCGGUGCGCACAGAUCUGGCUGCCCCACGUAUCAAACGCGUCAGUGACCGAACAAACUAUGGUGAAGAGGGGUCAGUAUAUGAAUUACUGUUUCCUACGCUGUACUCGCUAUCGGGGGUGCACGAGAGAGAUUUCUUCUGCCCUCGCACCAAGAACGAGAUGCAGCAGGUUUUCCAGAACGCCGGCUUCCGUAUUCCCGAUCCGACGUUCGAGGAGGCCUGGAGCUUGGCUUUCAAUAGUCACCCAAGUGGAGAAGUGUGUGUGGAGAGUUUUCGAAACUUUCUGAGCGAGCUGCAGGCAAAGUAGGGAACGAUGUGUAUUGUUCAGACUUUAUCUUAUAACGAGGAUAGAUAUAGAAUUAUGAUGAUAGAUAUAGAAUAACGAGGAUAGAUAUAGAAUAACGAGGAUAGAUAUGAAAUGCUGUGUUCCAAGUAAAGAUGACGAGCAACGAUAUUACAUUAGAAUUAUAAUAUUGAAAAUAUUAGUAAUGUUACAUAUUAGUUAUUGACAUACUUCUUAUAAUAUUUGCUUACUUUGUGAGUUGCUGAAAUGAUCAUUUACUGUAUAAUAAUAAUAAUAAUAAUAAUAGUAAUAGUAAUGUUCGGCUGGCUGUAACAUGCAGGUAUUUCCCAGCUUUUGGGGGCUUUUCUGUAUUCAGAAGCCUAAAAUGCAUUGGUUACUUACCGUGCACUUUAUUAGGAACACCUGUACACCUAAAUAUUCAUGAAAUUAAUUCUUUAGCCAAUCAUGUAGCAGCUGUAUAAAAUCCUACAUAAACAGUACAGCAGUUUCAGAUAAACCAUCAGAACCAUCUUUCUUCUAAUUGUCCACUUUGGGUGAUCCUGUAGCCUCAGAUUCUUGUUCUUGGCUGAAAGGAUAGAAGCCCAGUUGUAGCCCAUUCACUUCACGGUCUGAUAUUUUGUGUGUUUUACAUUUCUGUUAUUUAGCAGAUGCCCUUAUCCAGAGCGACUUACAUUUUUAUCUCAUUACAUACAACUGAGCGAUUAAGGGUUAAGGGCCUUGCUCAGGGGCCUCACCACUGGCAGCUUUGUGGACCUUGGAUUCGAACCUUCUGAUCAGUACUCAACCUUAACCAGUAAGCUAUCACAUCCAAUGAAAUGCUUGAAAUGCUUUUCUGCUCAGCAGGGUUGUAAAGAGUCAUUAUUUGAGAUACAGUAUCCUUCCUGUUGGAUUAAACCAUUUGAAGAUUUAAACUCAGCUCUUCUCCAAAGAGUCAGCUUGAAUCAAUGGAAUAGUUUCGUAUUGUAAACUCUUAGAUUUGUUUAAAUCUGUGCUAUUGGUGUCAUGCACCCAAGCUGCUGAAUGUGUGACCGUCGCUGUCACUGUCCUCUUCUGUCCUCUGCCACUGUGUCAAAAUUCAUUAAAAGCAUAUGAAACAUUCUGUAUAAUAACUGUCACUGCUUUAUAACUUUAUAACAAUCUGACGUUAAAAACCGACGUUUU